UAGUACUAUCAAACAUAGGGAGUGUAGAAGAGAGCUUCAGUACGACGCAGUCCUUGGGUAUGACGGUGCAAUGCCUGGCUGAGCUAGCGGAGGAAGGACUGCUAGACUCAACAUCUAUGUCAUCAGAUAAAUGUGGGUUUAUUCCACAGGAGACAGCUCACAGGGUGGACAGCCCAGAGAAUCGGCUGAGUGAUGACCAGUUGACCCUCUUAGAAGAUCUGUCUAGUUUAGUGAACUCACCCACUAUGAGUGAUGCUGUCAUACAGAUAGAUGAUGGCAGUAAACUUCAUGUGCAUAGCUUCAUGAUCCAACUGAGAUGCCCCGCCUUAGCAACGCUUCUGGCUAAACCAUUUGGGAGAAAAAGCACCGGCCUUCCAUCCAUUGUUGUGAGUGAUAUGGGCUAUGAAGCAAUGGAGAACGUUCUGAGUUAUAUUUAUUCAGCCACUGUCAAUAUUACCAAUGAUACAGCAGUCGAAACCCACAAAUUCGCUGAAAGAUUUGAAAUGGCCGAUUUAGCCUCACACUGCAAGCCAUAUCUUCAGGAUGACACUGACUCUAAGAUAACACGGAAAGAAAGUGAGCUGGACAUUGUGGAUAAAGACCUCAACCAACUCAUCGACAGUCUGUGGGAAGAUGAAGAAGAUGACAAGGAGGAGAAAAAUAGAGAUGCUGGUAGAACGUCGGAUGAUGACGUGAAUGAUGCCCUCGACGAUGAUGAGAUCAAAGAGAUUUAUGAGUCAUCCCAACGAUUCAGGACGAUAAUGUUGGAAGAUGAGGAGUUGGAGGAUGAUUCCCCCUUUAGGGAAUUUGUCCACUCUAGUGUCAGCAGCCCGAAGAAUAUCGAGAAUGAUGGUGAAAGGAUGAUGGAUGAGGAGGAGAAGGAGGAGGAGGAGCUUCACAAGAUGAUGUUGACACAAGGGUGUAGACGGGGUAAUACCAGUAGUUACUGUUCCCGUGACAACAGCAAUAGUGAUGGUGAUAAUGAGGAUUGGAGCAUGGCAAUAGAUGAUGAAGUGGUAGUACAAGGUGAAGUAAAUGCCCAAUGCGUGACCCCCUUAGCAAAGAGGACUACUGAUGAAAGGAAAGAUAUGAUUGGAGAGAACUUAAAUGAGUGUACUGAAGACAUCGUUGAUGAAACUCCAAAGGAAACAUAUCAUAGCAGAAGGAGGGUCAGUGUUAGUUCCUCAUCAACAAAUGAAACAAUUACUGAUGAACAUCAUCAUAUGUCGUUUGAGGAAAGUCAUCAUUCUUUCUUAAAUCAGACACUAGUGUGUGAGAGUAAUGUCAGUGCAAUAUCCGUGACGGACCGUCAGAAGAAAAGGAAGGCAUCCCCAGAGACUUCAAACAUAUCUAAGGGUGGCAGUAUGGGUUUAGAAUGUGGUGAUGGGGUCAAAGUUUUGCAUAAGCGCUUUUUGGAUGCUGGUGUAGAGCACUCAGAGAGUCCUGAUGACGAAGUACUAUUCCUUCGGAUGGAUUCUGCAGAAUCUGAGAGUGAUGGGCAGAACAGAACUUUGGAGAAGAGUCUGCAAAGUGUACGGGAAACAAGUUUACAGGUAGAAAAUAGUACAGGGUUGAACGGUAAGGUCCAAGAUCGUGGCUUUGAUGACAUUGAUCAAGGGAGAUUAAGUUCUUCAAGGAAAAAGAAACUGUUGAUACAGCAAUACUCUCCACAGACUGAUUCUGAUGAUAAUCGCUCACCACCAGAGCAAGUAGCAUCUCAUGAUGGGAAUGAGAUACAAGUGGUUAGGAUAAAGGAAUCAGAGUCUGGAGAAAUCAUAGAUAAGAUCCAUCGUAACUCUUCAGUAGUUCUUAAGAAACUCUCCAUGACCUUAAAGUGUAAUAAGCUUGAUAAAGAUGGCGAAUCAAGGCAGAAAAGGCUUGCAUCGCAGUCAUCAACAGAAAACCAUGAUGAUCGAGGAUUCAAAAAAAGACAAGGGUCCUUAGAUUGGAGUCUCUCUGAAGAUAUUCUAUCUCCAUCACCACCACCAUCGCCCAAAUUUUCCAAGGCAUCUCAGAUUCCAAGGUUGGAGAAAAUGGUAGAGAGUAAAAGAGGUCCAGUCAGCAGAAAUAAUCAUUUAGGAUUGGAUCACAGCAGGAGUUUGAAAGCAUCCCCGAAGAUCAAAGCAGAGAGCCUUGAGGAGGAGGAGGAGGAUGAUCCAUACCAACUCUCUCCAUCAUCUUCAACUUCUUCAAGAAAAGGGAGCAAGCAUCCAUCCUCUUCCAAGCGCAAGAAGAAAAUGAGGGUUAAAAGAGAAACCCCGCAACGUGGGAAUGGCAGCAGCUUGUCUAGCCCUUCCUUUGAAUCCAGUGCAAGCUCCAAAGACACUAACAGAAGAUGGUCCAGUCUAAAGAUGGACCAGGAUCUUCCCUCCUGCAGAUCUAGAGACUCGUUUCAUUGUGAAGCAUCACCUGAGCUGAUGCAUGACUUAUCUCCUUCCACUUCUCCACCCGUAUUGCAUAGAAUAUCACCGUCUCCUUCCUUUGAAAGGUCUCCACCUCCUGGAGCCUCUUCUGUUCCAUUGCAUAGAAUAUCACUGUCUCCUUCCAUGGAAAGAUCUUCAGCUCCUGGAGCCUCUCCUGUUCCAGGUGCUUCUCCUGCUGUAUCAACAUCUCCUUCAGUAUCGUCCAGGCAGUCUCCAUACCCUGCCAUGCAGGACAUGGAUGAGGAGCCAGAAGAGAGAUUUGCCUAUGACAUGGAGGAGGGAUGCGGUUAUAAUGACUUCCAUGUUGGGAUGGAUCAUCCAAAUGAUGAGGAUGAUGAUAGUGAUGCAGGAAUUGCACACCAGAAUGAGAAGUCCGUGAAAGAUGGGGAAGGGUCUCACAGAAUUGGUGAAAUAAGUGAAGGCAUUAUGACUGGGAGUCAUCAAAAUGAACACUUUGAAGAAGAAAAUGAAAUUGACUUAACACAUGAGGAGGAGGAGAAGGAAGACAGACUCAUGGAUGAUGUUCACCUCCCUUCUUCAGCCUUCAGAGAUAGGAGUCGUGAUGGUAGUGGUUUUCCAAUGCAAGUUGGUCACAAAGAGCCUGAACAGAAAGAUGAAUAUAACAAUAUCGGAACCCCACAUGUCAAACAUUAUCAGAGACCACUUUUAGGAGGAGGACCAGGAGAUGGACCAAAAGGUCAUAGACUUUCUCAAUCAUUGACAACAACCCCUAGAACUUCACAGUCAAACGCAGUCUCCACAGGUGCUGUUCUGAAGACACCGUCGAUAUCCCGUCUGAUAAGAGACGAGUAUUACCCUCCAGCUCCAAUCACCCCGAUGCCCAACUAUGACUCUAUGAUGACUCCAGAACUCAAGAAAGAGCUGAAGAGGUAUGGAGUUAAGCCCCUAGGUAAAAAGAAGGCCAAGCUACUACUGUCUGAAAUAUAUUCUUAUUUACAUCAAGUCAUGCCAGGAGAUGAAUCCGAUGAAGACACAUCAUCCACCGCCAUGACCAAAGCAGAGCCGGAACCAUCCAAGGGAAGAUCUAAAAAGGGAAAGGCCACAACAAAGCAGAAACCAGCAACAAAGAGAGGCAAAGCUCAGCCAAAGCCAAGGGAGGAGUCUUCAUCCGAUGAUAGACAAUUCAAGGAAACGAACAAUAAGAAAUCCAAUAUCCAGAAGAAGCAGACUAAGCCAAGGAAACGCAAGAAAGCAGAGGGAUGUCUGGACGAGACACCGACGAAGAGGGUGAAGACGGAGAUACCUUUGAAGGAGAGGAUCCUGGAUACUGCCAGGAGGGGCGUAGAAACAGAGGAUAGCACAGGCUUGGAUGAGCCAGUGUCUAGCCAAGGUAGUCAUAGCUCAAGUAUUGAUAGUAAUAAGAGUGACUUUGGAGAAAGCAUUUACUAUGAGGACAUGGAAGAUGAAGAUGACGAUGUCAUGGAAACACAACAGGAACAAGAUAUGUCCACCGAGGUAAAGAGAUAUAUCAUGAGGAAUAAGGAGCUACAUCAGAAGAUCCUCCACUAUGAGGCGUUGAAUCUGGAAGAGUUUUACAAAGAACUGAAAGAAGCAAAAGUACAGUGUUCUAAAGUCAAGCUUGUGGAGUUUCUAGAUCAUCAAUGUAUCACCUUUCGAGGCCAAGGAGGCAGUCGACAGCGCAAACCAAAGAAUACCAAGACCAAGACCAAGACCAAGAGAUAACCAAAGUCCUUCACUCUACUCGUUCAUCAAGCAGAACAAAACCAUUUUAGCCUACUUUGACAAAGAUCUUAUGCAGAUUGGUUCUGUGUGGGAUCCGAGAUAAUUUUGAGAGUGGAAUUGGGUUCCAUUCUCAAGACACAGAGAAGGCGUAAAACUCACCCUUGAGGUCAGAUGAAAGCGCAGUAAUGGCUGGUGUCACAGUGAGAGCAAAAUAUACUGUGAUCCUUAAAAAUCACUGAAGAGGUUCAUCUGAUUGGUGAUGUAACUUGAAAACUUGGUAAUUUUUCUUCUGAUUGUGAAGAAAGAUGUUGUUUUCAAGUUCAUUUCACAUUGUGUUCCCUUUAAUUUGUUGGUAUUCACAACUUCCUGAAAACUGUUUACAUGAUUUCCAUUGGAAUUGGAAAUUGGAAUUACAAAAGUAAUGGAAAACAAAAGAGAUUUAUAUCAUGACUAUGUGUUAACAUAAUGCUGCAUGUAAUUCAUAGAAUAAGACCUAUGAAUUUGGGUUUGUUAAUGUAUAUGGCUUUAAAAGCUAUUGUGUAUUUUGGUUAUGGAAUAAAAU